GCUUGCCUUCUAAAGAGGUGAGAGUGAGGAGUGACAGCUGGUUUCUUUUGCUCCACCCCUUCUCUUUUCCCCCAAACACAGAGCAGAAAUUCACCUCUGACAGCACUGCUUUCAAGCUCCCGCAAGACACGGCACACACAGGACACAUGGCACGCAGCCCUCGGCACACCUCUGCAGGGAUGGUGCGGACAGAUGCCUCCCUCUCCAGCAUGAAGCGCCUCACCUCUGCGCUCCGGGCCGCCCUGGCCCUCGUCCUGCUCUUUGCCUCCUUCCACUUGGCUUGCUUGGCAGAAGCGAGGAACAGUGACAACUCAACCCUGACCACCCAUCACCCAGACCCUGGAACCCUGGAGCAGUGCCCCAACGUGGACUUCUGUCCCCAAGCGGCUCGCUGCUGCCACCCCGGCGUGGAUGAGUAUGGCUGGAUCGCCGCGGCAGUUGGAUGGAGCCUGUGGUUCCUCACCCUCAUCUUGCUCUGUGUGGACAAGCUGCUGAAGCUCAGCCCGGAGGAGCCCAAGGAUCUGCAAGCCUGAGGCCCCAGGGCGGCGGCCCCAGGGUGUCAGUGGCCACCCAACCGCACGGAAUCAUUUCACCUUUGGGGGAGGUGUCAGAUUUCUAAGUAGGGAAUGUCAGAAUUGGACACAUCAGUGGUUAUAAACUCCACUACAAAAGCCUAGAAGGCUAGCUGGGGUGCUGCAGGGAAGGGGUGGGCAUGAGGCCCAUCCUUGUGACCACAGCAGCAUGGCUCUUACCACUUCUAUAUACCAGACCUCUGCAGUAAGAUUC